CCCUUCUCCCCAAAACAUCUAUAUGUCGAGGACAUAGUUCCCCCAAAGUUCUCGAGUUACCUAGCUACGUGUACGCGUACGAACUAUGGACGCCAUAGACAACCUUUUUAACGCGAUUGCGACGCCGCUUGGGGCGUCGGCUUCGCAGCUCAAGCUUAUAACAUGCCUUCUCGUCUCCUACCCACUUGGCAGCGUCUUCAUCCGCAUCCCUUCCUCUCAGCCAGCCUACAAACACCUCUUCAACAUAUCCAUAGCCCUGUUUUACCUGGUGCCUAUGCUCAAUAUGUUCUGGGGUCUGGUGCAGUUGAGCGCGGAUGUGCUGGUGACGUGGAUCGUAGCGGACAGGAUGAAGGGGCAGGGGACGAAGAUGCCAUGGGUUGUGUUCUGGCUCAUGAUGGGACAUUUGACGAUCAACCAUGUCAUUCGAGCGAUUUACGACUUAGGUUACGAGACGAUAGAGAUCACGGGGCCGCAGAUGGUGCUCGUUAUGAAGCUCACGACGUUUGCGUGGAAUGUUUACGAUGGACAACGGCCUGUUGAGGAUCUGGACAAAUGGCAGCUCGAGAAACGAGUGACCAAAUUCCCUUCACUCAUAGAAUUUUUUGGAUAUGCAUUCUACUUCCCCGGCAUCCUUGUAGGUCCCUACCUCGAAUACAACGCCUACAUCUCCCUCGUCGACGAGUCACUAUUUAAAAUCACCCAAGCCGAGCCAACGCCCACAGACGACGCCACCGAACGUAAACACAAGCGCAAAGUGCCCAAGGGUCGCAAACGCGUGGCGUACCGCAAGGGGCUGUAUGGGUUGCUGUACUUGGGCUUGUUCCUUGUGUUUUGGCCAAAAUUCAACUUUGGUCUGGCCAUUACGGAUUGGUUCUUGGAGCAGAACCUGAUUGUUAGGAUCCUCUUCUUCCAAAUCUGCGGUUUCUUCGAACGCGUGAAGUACUACGGCAUCUGGACGCUCACCGAAGGCGCGAGCAUCCUCACCGGCCUCGGCUUCACAGGCUACGACGCCUCCGGUCGCUCGACCUGGAACGGUGCCGCCAACGUGAACGUCUGGCUGAUCGAGUUUGCGCCCAACUUCAAGGUCCUUCUCGACUCAUGGAACAUGAAGACGAACGUGUGGUUGAGGGAGUGUGUGUACAAGAGGGUGACGCCGAAGGGGACGAAGCCAGGGUUCAAGAGUAGUAUGAUCACGUUCGGAACGAGCGCGUUUUGGCAUGGCAUUGCGACUGGAUACUACCUCACAUUCGCCUUUGGAGGCUUUGUCCAAACGGCGGGCCGUCUCUGCCGUGCCAGCAUCAGACCUCUUCUCCUCCCAGCCGCGGCCCCUUCGUCUGCUCCCAAAAUCUCUCAGGACUCCAAGACUUCACUUAAACCCGAAGCUAUCACCGUCAAGACGAACGGCACCACGAACACCACAACCACCCUUCAAGCCAAACUAACACUCCCUGCACCUGUCUCCACCACUCAAUCGGCACUCAAACAGAUCUACGACUAUCUCGGCAUCCUCUCCUCUAUCCUUCUCGUAAACUACACCGCCGCGCCCUUCAUGCUCCUCUCCUUCAGCUCUUCCAUCGAAUGCUGGCGCCGCUUAGGAUGGUACGGCCACUGGAUGAUCGCCCUCUCUAUGACGUUCUUCUACUCUGGGGGGACGAAGUGGCUCAAGGGCGUGCAGAAGAAACGAGUGCAGAGUUUGGAGAUCGCGGUGGAAGGGUCUAAUACGCCUGCUGGUCUUUCGAGGGCGAGCAGCUUUGACGUGCUUUAUAUGCCGCCGGUGGAUUCUGCGGCGAGGGAGGUCGAGAAAAGGAUGCCACACUGAGCUAGUGGGAGGUACUGAGGGACGUGGUCAACGCGCUGUGAAGAAUCUGCUGAAGGGAUGCUGUGGACCUACAUAGUUUCUAUACCGAAUACCUUACAGCCUUAUAUCUGAGAGCGGCG